UUACUUAUCCCCGGUUUGUGUGACUAGCAAGCAUCACUAGAUCGCGUGUGCGCGUAGAACACGUUGUUGUGUGAUUUAGGUUUGUGCUCAUAGUGAAUUUGCACCAUUUUUCCCCAUUACACUAUACGCGCGCGUGCUUCAUUUUGGAGUAGAUCCAGUUAGGUGAAGCGUAACCAGAACGGUACAUUAAUACGGGAGCGCCAUCCGCGCGCGCAUGGUUUGUCGUAGGCGGACGUACAUGUGGUGCGUUUGUGUGUGUGUGCGUUGUGUGACUUGGUGUGCGUGCGUUGAAGAAAGAGAGGGAAAGUGUUCGCUCAGCGUAAUCCUUUUGCACAAAUGGCACCCAGCUUCUGGAUGCUGCAGUGUAGGAGUUUAAAUCGUCUCUAGAACGCGAAUAGGUGAGGAAGCGAGAGUGAGAGAAAGAAGAAAGAAAAGAGAACGAAAGCGAGAGAAGAAUCAAAGUGCGUGCGACCAGCUAACACAUACACGCGGGCGCUGCUGCAUUGCGCAUAUUGCACCGCUCAGCGAUUGUGAGUUGAAGAACCUUGUUUUCCUUUCCCGAAUCGGAAAAUUUCGGCUAUACAUUUGCUUUGCUGUGGUGGGCCCCCGAAUAUACUACCCACACACACACACACACCCCUUUUAUUUUGGAUGGUUAAGCAGUGCCCUCCGUAUAGCGUGAGCGUUCAGUUAGAAGUGAAGCAAAGUUGCAGGUUUUAAUUUGAUCGUGUGCAUCAUCACGUCGCGUGCAGCUUUAGCUCAUCUGAUCUGUGUGUGCGUAGUGAUCGUGCUUGGGCAGUGUUUCAUUUUGACGUCGUUUCCUGUACCAAUAGUGAUUACAUUCUAUAGUUUGCAAUCAUAAUUCUGCCGCAGGUUGCAAAAAUAUUAGCGCCGGUGUUUGUAGGGUAUGUGCCACCGGAUAUGAACGAUUUCGUUUCCAAAGGCAGCCAACAAUACACGCACACACACACACACGCUUGCUCUGUUUGGGUUGUGUGAUGCAGGUGUUUCUAGUUGAUUUUGUUGUAAUCUGAUAGACGUGAAGUGUUGUGUUUUCUUUUCUGCCUUACCUACCCGCGUCAGGUGUGUUUCGCCCUUUUUGCGUGCCACCCUUUGUGGUUAAGUGUAAGUUUCACAGUUUUCACGUAAAAUCACGUGCACGCGCAAGAUUCACAUUCGUCUAAAAAGAAGUGUGACCGGUUGAAAAGGAAAAAGAAACGACAAAUGCUUAGAACAACAGCGGGGUCCAAGCAAUCAUAUUGUCAAAGUGAUUUGCUAGAAGUGUAAAGUCAGUGAUCGCUUCGAGUGCGUGUGUUUGUUUUUUUUUUUGCAAUGGCCCCUACCUGACAGGUGUCAAAAAAGUGACAGUGCGAGCGAGAUCUUGUUGUGGUAUAUAGUUGGAACAGCAGCAAAUAAAACGCACAAUAAAAAAAAAAACCCUAAAAACCAUCGUUUGGGUCAUCCGUUUUUUUCUCUCUGACCAACGUGCGAGAAGAAUUAGGUGCGAAGCAUAAACUUAUUGUGCAGAUCCUGUCAAUUUUGUCAAAUUCAUCCAAACAGAGAGAAAGAGUGAGGAUGUGUAAGAAAAAAGAGAGAAAAGGAAAGAGAGAAAGAAUGUGCGUGUGUGUGCGAGAGCGCUAAGGGAUUAAACAGCGACAUGUGCAACACAGAUUUGCAAAGGGCACAUGGAGAUGUUGCCGAUCAAAUGGAGUCUUGUGCUGCUUGAUCGUAACAUACAAGAUCCCGCGCUUGCACACCAACGAAUCAACCACUGUCAGCGCGAUUAACAUCAACAACAGAGAGCUUCAACAGAGAGAAAGAGACUCCACCAAAGAAUGGUGCCUUAAGACAAAACUGCAUUUUAAACUAUAUUUAUGAUACUUUUGCAAUGAAAAAUUUAAGUGACAAAAUCGAUCCUUUCGAUCGGUACGAUAGUGCGCUGCGAUAUAAAUAGUAUGAUGCACCGAAGUUAAUGGAGACGCCCCACCUUUCAGUGCCCGUCCGCAGCGUUCUUUCCACCCGGCCACGUUCUUCUCCAGUUGCAAUGUUUGCAUUCGUCCAUUCUUUCAUAUCGGAUGUCUAAAAUGUCGCGUUCCUUUUCUGACAUUCGCUUCUUUCCCGUUUUUUUUAUAACCACGUUUUUAUGUCGCGUUCGCCACUUCUUGACUGUUUAUUCAUACAACCGCCACCCAACACUUUCCGUUCCCGCAUGCUUGAUCGUGCAGCGGAAAGUGAAGUUGGUUGCGUGGAUUCCAUGUUCCGUUGCCAAAUUCUCCCUGCUUUCCGAUGGCGAACAUUUGCUCCACGAUCCUUUACGUUUAUCGUUGUGUUGGUAGGCGUUUGUACAAUUCGCCAUCGCGCCCCUGUUGAAUUCACUAUGAUCUCGUUUGCUCACCCCCUGUGUCUGCCUUAAAGAGGCGCGCAAAUCUUCGGGCUUCUUUUUUCUACGUCCGCUAAAGUGAAGAUAUUUUUUGGCACCAACACCAAAAUUCUCGAUCAUGCGACGGAGAAGUAAUGUGCGAGACCUCGAAUGUGCAGCAACAACACGCGCGUUUCGUUUGUUACCCAAUGUUAUGUUUGCAAAGAGUUUGCGUUUUUAGCCAUUGAAAGUUUGACAUAUUUAGAACGUUAGAAAGCGAAAGCGUACGUGUGGUUAGUGAUAAACGAAAAGGUGCGAAAAGAAAAACCAUAAGUGAUCUAAACCAAGGUAUCUACAUCGUGGUGCGAUUGUGCACACAUAUUAGCAACACCAGAGAAUAACGAAUAAGUUUUUCGGGGGCUAUUGCCAUCAGCAUCCGGGUUUUGCGUCGUGGCGUCCAAAGCAAAGUGAGCGGAAGAUUCAUCUCGUCGGUUCCAGCACCAACCAUAACCAAAAAUCGCUUUGCCGUAUCCGCGUUGUCAAGCGCGAAGUUUUCUGCAACGACCAACGAAAAGAAAACAUACUGUUUUGCGGAUUUUAGCAACUUGUGUCUGUGUGUGGGUCUGGUUACGCUGUGACGACGAAAGCAAAGGAGAAGUGCGCGUGUACCAGCAGACAGGACGGGAACAGUAGCCAGUGUGGACGUAUCGUCGAAACGUUUGAAAUAAGCAUCAAGACAAUCACGCACCGAGCGGGCACAUUUAUGUGCAACCAAUCUUAAACACGUUGGGUAGAGGCCAUGAUGUCCUGCCCCCUUCCAUUACCAUUGCCACUACUUCCACCAGCACUGCACGCAGAUUUUCCUCCGGUGCACAUCGGAGUUAAGCGGGGCCUUAAUCUUUUCGAGCGAGGAAGCGACGAACUACUUAGUCAAGCAGCUGUUAUGGCUCCAGCGUCGGACAACAACAAUCAGGAUCUCGCCACCAAGAAAGCCAAACUGGACAGCACCAACACAGUGAUCGGUAUGGGCAUCACGAAAACGUCGCGUGUGGUGCAUAUUCGCAACAUCCCGAAUGAGGUGAGCGAAGCCGAAAUUAUACAGCUCGGGCUACCGUUUGGACGUGUCACGAAUGUGCUGGUGCUGAAGGGCAAGAAUCAGGCGUUUAUCGAGAUGGGCGAUGAGACCGCUGCCUCGACAAUGGUAAGCGUGUUCCAUGCCAAUCCGCCACCGUUGAGAGGCCGCACGGUGUAUGUACAAUACUCCAACCAUCGGGAAUUGAAGAUCGAUCAAAACCAUGCAAUUGCGAACGUAACGAACGCACUGCAGGCACAGGAUCUUACGCAGUCACCGACCGGAUCGCCGUUGCCGCUAUCGCUCGAACAUACCAACAGCAACUCGCAGAAUGCUAGCAGCAACAACACGAACAACAGCUCCACGACACCGAGCAGUGGUGGUGGCGGUGGUGGUGGUGGCAGCGGUGCACCCAACACCGUACUACGGGUAAUCGUCGAAUCGCUACUGUAUCCGGUUUCGCUUGACGUGCUGCAUCAGAUAUUUCAGCGGUUUGGAAAAGUGUUGAAAAUUGUCACCUUCACCAAAAACAAUUCGUUCCAGGCCCUGAUACAGUACCCGGAUGCGCAGACUGCCCAGAAUGCGCGGGCCUCACUGGACGGACAGAACAUCUACAACGGAUGCUGCACACUGCGCAUCGACAACAGCAAGCUGACGGCACUGAACGUGAAGUACAACAAUGACAAGUCGCGAGAUUAUACGAACCCAUCGUUGCCGUCCGGUGAGCCGGGCAGCGAUGUGAUUGCGAGCGCCGGUGGACUGGUGUCGGCCAGUGAUCUGCUGCUGUUGGCCGCCGGUCAACGGCCCCAGCUGUCCCGCGAUCGACUAGUCAAAUUAGACAAAUCUCCCUAUUUUCUAGUGAACGGCUUAGCGACACCGGGCGUGAUGCCACCGUUUGGUCUCGGGCUCGGUACGCCGGCCCUUGCCAGUGCAUACGGUGGUGCCCUACCCAGUCUGAAUGCGUUUGCGCUCGCAUCGAACGGUGCUCUCGGAACGCCGAACCCGGCCAACGUGCGGGGACUGUCGAACGUGCUGCUCGUUUCGAAUCUCAACGACGAGAUGGUCACGCCUGAUGCUCUAUUUACCCUCUUUGGAGUGUAUGGUGAUGUACAACGUGUAAAGAUUCUCUACAACAAGAAAGAUUCAGCAUUGAUUCAAAUGGCUGAACCCUACCAGGCGUAUUUGGCUAUGACCCAUUUGGAUAAGCUCCGUAUCUGGAACAAAACGAUCCGCGUGAUGCCGAGCAAACAUCAGGCGGUACAGCUGCCGAAGGAGGGCCAACCGGAUGCCGGACUGACCCGCGACUAUGCACAAAAUCCGCUGCAUCGAUUCAAGAAACCGGGCAGCAAAAACUACCAGAACAUCUAUCCACCAUCUGCUACACUGCAUUUAAGCAACAUUCCAGCAACCGUAACCGAGGAUGAAAUCAAAGAAGCUUUCACCAAGAACAGUUUUGAGGUUAAGGCUUUUAAAUUUUUCCCGAAGGACCACAAGAUGGCGCUGAUACAGCUUAGUUCGAUCGAGGAAGCGGUCUGCGCACUGAUCAAGAUGCACAACUACCAGCUGUCGGAAUCGAACCAUCUGCGCGUCAGCUUCUCCAAGUCCAACAUCUAACUGCGAGCGCCCGCGUAUGCGAGCGCCAAACACGGUACAUCGCCGGUACAGCAGCUGCCAGUAGCAGUAGUUCCAUCCGCUUCCCCAACAUCGAUCCCGAACGCGAUCCCCACCAACACCCAUUCACCGGUUGACCUGGUAGCGGCCAGUGACGAAACCACCGUUGUUACAUCAAGCAUAGCUACAGCAACAAACACAGCUACCACCACAACCAUUACUACGGUCAACGAGAACUCAUCGCUACCUUUAGCUCCCUCCUCAACGAUUUCAUCAUCCUCCUCCUUAACAACAGCAACAACAACAACAACAACAGCGACCUCGGCAUGAUCGCAACAGGUGGAACAGCAGGAACCUAACGGACGGAAUCUAACGAAUCUGAUACCCUCACCCGUUCGACUGUAGGCAACGGGUCGGGUUAAAGGAUGAGUGACAGCAGCAGCGGGAGCAAACAAAAAACAAAAAGGAUAACAUUGGGGUACCCCGAAUGGGUCCUGGCCAAAAAUGCGUUACAAGUAGCCUAAAGAAAUGGAAGUGUGGAAGGAUGUGUACGAAGGAAACAAUUUUGCAUUAUCAUAAACACGUAUAUAUAUAAUAUCCCGGUAUAUCACCGUCGUGUAGUUGUGUAGAGUGUGUGUGGCCGCUUGUUUGUGGUAACGGUAAACGAAGAGGAGAAAAAAAGUCAACAAAACUAAAAAAAAACGGAAACAAAUCUUUUAUCGAACCGCGAAGAAAACCCUCAAGAUUUUCGUAUCCGUAUUUGCACAAGCUGCACAAGCAAAACAUUAGAAACCGAAGGGAAAGAAAGCUAGAUAGAGUGAACCGUAUGUGUGAGAGAUAGUGGCAGCGCGUAAACCAAGAGAAAACCCGUUUUCAAUUUGGGGGACAAAAGCAUUUGGCAUUAUAGCGAAAGGAAAUUCGCAAAAGAAUAUAUAGUGGCCACAAGGCUUUCUCUUCUGUUCGGUUUUUUUUCUCCUUCUUUUUGGGAUUUUGUUUUUGUGAAGGACACACACAUACAACCGUAGAGACAAGUUACUAUUUGAUCAUGAUUAAAAUGUAAGGUGUAGAAUGUUAGUAGCGAAACAUCUGAUGUUGUACUAUCAUUACAGGAACACAGGUUGAUAGGUGAAAGCGUGGAGCAAAACCAUACAUAUAUACAUAUAUCAUUAGCCUGAUACACUUGUGCAUUGAACAAGAGUAGGAAAAGGAAGUAAAUAUCAAGAGAAAAGAAAGACGUACGUUGUGUGUAUGUGUGUGUGUGUGCGUGAAUGUAUGUACGUGUGUAUCUGCUUAUCCUUUACGAUAACAAUUGUGGACAAUCAUUUGUUUGUUCAUGUUGAGUUUACAGUUGUUAUACAUUUGGCGUAAGCUACCGAAAGGAAAAGAGAAGAUAAAACAAACCAAGUUGAACAUCAUUACAAAGAUUUCUGGUUUAGAACAGGGAUAUUUUUCACAUCUUCAUGUAUACAAACAUGCACACAAUCACAUACACACACAAACACACUCAUAAAUAAUGGUGUGUCCUUCGUGCUGUCUUGAAGUAAAAGAGCAGGAGUAAAUUCUUUAUCGCGUCACUUAAAGAGAGAGAGAGAGACAGAAACGAACAAGCCAACAAGCGCAUAUUCAAGCGAACAGAUCAAAGAGUGUUUAAUGGGAUCAAACUAUAUCUUUAUGGAGCAAAAGAAAAAAACAGAAAGAAAAAGGGAAGAAAAAAUCGAAACCAAAACGCGUUUAGAAGCAAAAUGUGGAGUAGCGAAUGAGGCCAAUACCCAGAUAUCAGUGACGAAAAUAUCAAACAAAUCAAAACAACAACAAAAAACUUGUAAACCAAUAGGUAAAAUGAAACGGAUAUUUCUAUCUAUACAUGCAGGCGCACACUAAAUCCUAAACAAAUCAUCAUUACAAAAUGGUAUUCGGAAACAGGUGGAAAAAUCGGAUAUCGUGGAAAUCGCGCGUUUGCGUGUGUGUGUGUGUGUGUAGAAUCAAGCAAAGAGAUUGUAUUGUACUGACAAAUCAACAGCCAAUAACAGCCAUUCGGUAUGGCAUGGGACAGGCACACACACACACGCACAAACAUAAGCGAAAAUGUUUGGGGGUAAACAAUGUAAGCGAAUUUAGUAAAUUUGUAGUAGUUGAAGUUUGCAAAGUUGAUGGAAUCAAGGCCACACUAACUGUAGUAAUGGAUAAUAAUGAGCGCUGGUGCCGGAACAAAAUAUGAAAGGUGGAUCAAUCUUUUGUGUGCGGGUGUGACAGACAGAACAGAAUCGGGCAAGGAAGGAAAUAACACAAUUAAAUCAACCUUCCCACCUUCCCCCUGGCUCCUUACCCCACAGACAAACAUUAAGCAGAAAUAUUUAAAUGUUGUUUCAAACACACGGCUAGCCAAGCAUAAGAAGUCUUUUAUGAAGAAAACUCUGGUACUGAUCAAUCGAAUGGAAGUGGGAAUAUAGUUGGUGGAGUUACAAGGAACGGGAGUAAAAAAGCAUUUUGAUAAUUUGCUAUCCCUCCCUAAAACCCUUCUCGCUCACUCACUUUUAUCAGUACGGCUUAGGAGGAACAAGUGCGAGGGGGAAUGGGCAAAAUCUUAACGCACACACGCACACGUGUAGGCAAAAAUUGUUGUAGGUUUAGCCAAAUGAAUGGACACUUUCGGUGCCACCUGUGAGAUGUGCAACAGCUCGAUCGCGAACGCUGCAAACAUCAUUAACCGUUUGUUUUCACCGUACCGAAAGGAUUGCUGCGUUCCGGUUUAUCCCGCUUUCCCCGUUUGUUUAGUUUUACAUAUUCUCGAAUUUUCGAUACAUGGCAUGUUAAUUUGUGUAAGAUCGUUUGUGGAUUAGGGCGAGAACGCGUUCAAAAGCAGCAGCAGCAGCAAAACAGAAAACCAAUCCUCAGGAGAUCACGUUUUGUCGUAUUCAGAUCAUAAAGAAAUCAACUCCCUCCCCUUUUUCCCCUCUAGUAGUUCCCCAAUCAACCCUCCCCACGCCUCUCAAGCAAACCGGCAUAGGUAGCAAAUGGACUUUGACAAAUCAGUAGCGACAAAGACCAGCGACAAGGGGGCGCGUUACAACCGGUAUAGGUAUUAUUUGAAUGUAAGGCACAGGGCAAUAAAAGGCGGGCUGCGAAUGUGCGCAAUGCGUAAUUGAAAUAAUUUUUUUCCAGUAUUGUUUAGGGUAACUGUUAAGAACAGGGAUUAAACGGGCACUGGGCAACCAAUUUAUUCAUAGCCGUACGCUAUAUUAUCAUUAUUGUCAUUAUAAUUAUUGCUACUAUUAAGACGUUACGAUUAUAUCGUUAGGAAUAUAUUAUCCGAUUAUUUCUCCCGUUAUAUAUGCUCCGUUUUUUUGCAAAAUGCAGCUCUGUUAGGUGAUUAGGAUUGAUUUACGUUUGUUUUUCUUCCACCUACUGUUAGGUUAGUACAUGUGUUUUUGUCUGGAUAAUACCGGUUAUGGAAAAAAAAGCAGAAAACGAAACGAAGCAUUCGUUAUUCGAAACGUUUUCCUUCUCACUCACACCACAUCCGGUCACUGUAACAUUUGGUUUCUUCCUGUAUUACCUACUGUCACACUCUGUUCUCACUCUAUAUGUGUUGCUAUCGUUUCGCUGUGUGCAAUUGUGCCGUUUUUUUUUUGUUUGUUGUUGUUCCUGUUUGAUUUCCUUUAUCACUACAUCUAUUUCGCUGUUACGGAAUCAAUUCCUUUUCUUUCUUAUUUUCUUUUUUUUACUAUUUUCACAUACAUACACACACUUUGCCGUUCCUUCUUUCUUGAUACUUGAGGUGUUACCGAACCCUCACUAAUCGGAUAUGUGCAAAAUGAUAUUUUUUUCUUACUUUAUUCUUUUUUUUUUUGGUUAACAUAGAAUUAGUGCUUAGCAAAUAGAAGUGUAAAAUACACACAGAUGAGAUUUGAGUGUUUUGUUACUGUGGAUGUACCGGACGGAUUUCGGUUUUGUUUUUUUUCACGAUAAUUAGCUUCUUCGCUUUGUUAAAUUCGAAGAGGUUCGUCGUCUGUUUGAGCGUUGUGUUCUUUCGCUUUAAUCACACGCGGUUUAAGAGCGUCGCUUUUUUUACCUUUAUUUUGAUCAAAUCAUAUCUUCCACUGAAUUUUUUUUGUAUCUUCUAACUCUGGCACUACUACCACCACCUUCCGUCAUCCCUGUCCUGCGCUCGCUACGAGCAAGAUGAAGAGCGUACACGUGUAUAACCUUAGGUGCAAUAUCGUUCAGAACGGCGAAUGAAAAUUUCUGUUGUAAGAAGUUUUCAACAACGAAAAUACGCAGUUGCGCUCAACCCAUUUUGUUAUGGCUUAAUGUCUCUCGUUUUUAAUAUCCUCGUGGCCAACCCAUUAAUCUCCGCUUUGGUGGAGUGUGUUUUCUAUUGUUUUGUUCCCGACUGGGGUUGUUUAAACAAACCAUAACUCGGGUGUUGGUCUCUCAUGCUUCGUUUCCUUCCAUUAAAGGGCUUUUUCUUGUGUUCAAGCAUGUAAAGAAAACACAAGUCUACAUUAAGUUGUGUUUGGUGGGUGGAUGUGUGUAUGGGUGUGUGUAUAUGUGUUGUAAAGCAAGUAUUUGUUUGUUGAUGUUACUGUUUUCUUUUAACACGAUCCUCCCAAUUCCUUCUCCGAUAUUGGAAAGGCAGAGGGAGAGAUGAGUUUAUGGAUAAAUUUUGAAUAAUCGAAUUAAUUUCAUUCCUGAAAGCAGCAAAAAAAGGCACGGGUUUUUAUUAACUUCUUCUGUUGCAUUCAUCCCAGAAUGAAUGUGGUCCCCGCCACGCAAUCGAAAGACAAUCGACAGUGGAUCGACAAUUGUGGCAGCGUGGUAUAAAUGUGUGUGCGUGUGUGUUAAGUAGUACAAUGGAAAAAGAUACGGAACAGGGGAAAACAAAAUGUGUAGUGAAAGGAAACGAAAAGUGAUGAUGGGUCAGCAUAAACCACGACCACGAGCAGAGAGGAGGGGUGCGCGUGUGCGUGUGUGUGUGUGCACGGGAAAAGAUCACUUCUUGAGUGACGUCAGUGUAGUGAUGGUACGGGAGCAAAUAACCGAUAUUCGUCAGAUUAUUGUUUAGCGAUACACAACUAAGCGAUACUACUGUGCCAGUUUUGGAUCAUUUUCUACACACACGGUAUCACAUUACACACGUACAGUGCAAGUUGCAGUGUGCAGAGUGUUAGUUAAAUUCGGAUAGGUGAAAAUUAAGUGACUGGUGUAAGGGUGAAAUAAAAAAAACGGAAACACAUUAAAUAAGGAUAUGAAAGACAAAACAAACAUAACAACUUAGGCGAACCGAAUAGAAAGCAGAUGAUCAACAAGCAAACAAAAGCGUGUUUAAUAAGAUAUUAUAAAGAAAAAACCUUCUCACCUCUUUCCUCUUCCCCACACAUACAAACACAGCAAAACAGGUAGAAAGGAAACCGUAUUUACAAACAACAUCUAACAACUAAUACAUUGACAAAAAAAACCCCUAGAAUUUCCCCCAUCCCCAUCCCCAAUAUUCAAGAGGCAAAGAUAAUCAGAAGAAAAUGUGAAGAUGUUUAAGGUACUAUUAAUCUCCCUUCCUCCCUUUCCCUCCCUCCCCCUUAUUCCUUUAUAACGUUAAUGUGUGAGCGAAUCAAGAUAGAGAGAGAAAGAGAGAAAGAAUAAAUGAUAAGUGUAGCCAAAAUAAAACAAACAAACAAAAAAGCAUACAUGCAAUAUCAGUGGCAAAAGAAAAGCAAAAAGUUCAACCAGCGCACAUAUGUAUAGUAGGAACUCUACGGUGUGCGCAUGAAACACGACAGCUGUUGAACAAAAACAGACACACACCCAUACACACACACACAUACACCAUCCCCCCCGAAUCAACACAAAUCAUCAAUGCGUUAGGCACUCUCUAUAUAUAUCGCGCAGCUGAAGGAUGGGAAUCAAAUUAGUGGAAAAGAAGAGAAGAAAGGACAGAUGAAAAGAAGAUAGAAAUGAAAAAUGGAAAAACAAACAAAUCGAUGGACGCAGUAUGUGCAUCCGUUUGCGAUUUGGCAAAUGGAGAACAACACAAGAAGAAGAAGAAGAAGAAGAAGAAGAAGAAGAAGAAGAGGAAGAAAAAACUGUUUAGCAAAGCAAGAACUAUUAAAAAAAUCAAACUAUAAACGAUAACUGAAACAAAAAUAUCCCCGUACGCACGAGCUCGGUGAAGAGAUUGAAUAUUAUAUGUAAGAGAAAUCUCGACAAUCAGAUGAUGUUAUAUUUUAGCGAUAAAUCUUUAAAAUGAAUGGUCUAUAAGAGCAAGCUCUAUUAUACAACACGCAACACGCAACAGGAGACACACACACACAAAAAAACACGCGCGCAUCAUCUAAAACAAACACACACACACACACACACAUAGUGAGCAGGCAGGCAAAAAGGGGGGAAAAUGAAAAUGCAAAACAUUAAACGAACAAAAAAAAACCCGGAAGUGGAAAGGUUGAAUCUUCUUCAUAUGUGUAGCUUAUAUAUAAAUAUAUUAUCAAACAACCACAACAAGAAACAACCAACACAAACAAUCUAUCCUUAUCUCUACUAGACAAAAGCGGAACAACACAACACAAAAAUCACACAUACACACACACACACACACAUACUUACUUCUACCCUUUUUCCAUCUCCCCCCAUUUUCCGCCUCUCCCUACUCUCUAACCUCCCUUAUUAAUCAUCUUAAUGUGCACUUGACAUUUAAAUUGUGCUAAAAAGGACACAGCAAUAGGAAGAAAUCAAACACAAAAACAAUCAAAGUAAGCGCUGCCGCGCAUAACAAUGUGUGUGUGUGGGUAAUCUCCAUACAGACUUUGCUGUGUCCGAGUACACGAGUCAAUGGAAAAAAAACUGAACGGAAAUCGUUCGUGUUAAGAAUGUGUGCGAAAAAAAAAUUUCCCACAUCUCAUCCCUCCCCCCCCCCAAAAGGUGUGGCGUAGUGUUUUGUGUACAUCUAUCACCACCCAAAACACUAUCUCUAAUGCUAGUUAUCUUCUCGUCUCUGUUCGACGCCUAUAUGCACGAAAUAAGGUAGAAUAAUUGUAUUCUAGUUUUUAUUUUAUUCUUAAACUUUUUCUACUAUAAUGAUCCAUUUUGUUUUUUUUUUCACACUCCUAGCAGUAAGUUCUCCGUUUAAGAUCGAACGUUUAAGCUAGAAAAAGUUCGUUUAAAAUCACACAAACACACACAGCAGAUGCAACAUUGGGUAAACUUCAGCAGGAAUGCUGCACUACUGUUGCUAUGGCUACUAACGCCUACUACUACGGCUCCUUCUCUUACUACUUACUACAAAACAAAAGCACAUCUUUCAUCUCGCUCUCUGUCUCUACUCUUACUCUCACUCUGUUGCUAACACACGUGUGUGUUUUUUUAAUUGCUUCUCUCUUUACAAUUGUUUAAAAAAAACUUCUCUUUAUUAAAACUAAGUAAUUCUUGUGUGUGUGUAAAUUUUCCACCCACCGCGCGUGCCGCUUCUUUUUCAUCCCACCCCUUUCGAAGAGAUAGAGAUUCGUUUACCAAUACGUGUACACACUCGCAAAAGAGAGAUUUCAAUGAUGUUCCAUCUGACAGAUAGCCAGACAACAACCGUGACUGAGCGUGCGUGAUAAAAUCGAGUUAGCGUUGAAUUUUCGUAUUUGAGUUUUGUGUUUUGUUAUGAUGAUCGGUCACGAUCAUGCAUAUUUAAACUAUGCUGUCGAAUGGAUAUGUUGUAAAGAGGACAAGACAGAGUCGUUAUGGUUUUGUGUGCGUGUGUGUGAGUGUACGUUAAAUGGAGGUGGUAGUAGUGCAGUUAGUGCAGUGGCUAGUGGCAUCCAACGAGCCACCAUAUUUAAGACGAUAAUGCGAUACGGAAAUGAAAAACAAACAGCAACAAACAAACAAACAAAACGGUGUAAGAUAAUUAAUGUUAUUUGUACAAGCUUUUUUGCCGAAACUCCCCAAUGAAAACCCCCGAACUCUGUACGUUUUGUAAAAGUUGUACUAAACUCGAAGGUUAAACACUGGGAUCGAGCGGGCAAUACACACAGAAAGCGAGAGCGAGCGAGAGAGAGAGAUAGAUAGAAGUGAAGGAUGUCGAUGUCUUUUUCCCGGCAUUGUAGAAUGCUUUCCAUCAUUUUUUUUAAAUAUCUUUUUUUGUGUUUUAAUUUACCUCUCUAGUUGGUACGUUUAUUGCUAACUAACUUAGAUCGCGAUCAUCAAUUGUAACUGAACGUUUUGAGACACUCUCGUCCCACUAACCAACCAAAACACACACAGACAAAAAUAACAAACACACACACACACAUACAACACACAUAUCCCCCGUUACACAUCGGUAUGAUGUUUAUCGUUAAAGUAAAAAAAAACCCCAGAAAACAGCUGCUAGAAAAGGAAAUAAAUUGUGCAAAAAAAAACGGCACUACUACAAGGCAG